AUGGGAAUGUGGGAGGAAGCGAGUGACCCAGUGAUGGGGAAGAAGGAUAAAAAUGAGGAGCGGAAGGAGAGAAUCCUGAAUCUCACACUGGAGAUUAUCUAUCUGCUGACUGGAGAGGGCUACGUCAUCCCUAAGAAGAAGAGCCCAACUGUGGGUUUGGGGGCCCUGCAUGCCCCUGGCUCCGUCAUACAGAAGGAAAAUGACAAGAAGAUCCUGGAACUCAUCUCCAACAUCAUCCAGCUGCUGACUGGAGAGGUUGCCAUAAGGUGUGAGGAUGUUUCCAUCUAUUUUUCCUUGGAGGAGUGGGAGUAUAUAAAAGGAAACAAGGCCCUUUACAGGGAAGGGAUAAAGGAGGAGGAGGAGGAGCCCCAGCAGCUCCGCCCACUGGCCUGUGAGUAUAAAGAUGGGAGCGAUGUUACAGCACAUACGGAAGCAACUUUAUGUUGUAAUAAUGAUGGGAAUCUCACAAACCCUGAUGUUUCUCCAGCGGAACAGCCCCCACCGGCCAAUGGGAUUAAAGAGGAAGAAUCUUCAUUUGAAGUGGAAACCCAAUCAGAUUGCAGCAUUAAUCCCCUUACAGACCAGAUACAGGGAACAAAUACUCCUAUCAUGGGGAGAAGCCAGAAUACCUUACAAAUGACGGGUAAUAAUCAUGAUGAAAAUUCCCACCAAUCUCCACAUAAAUCUCACAUAACAAAAAAUACAUUACGUAGGAAAUACAGCUGCAAUGAGUGUCAUAAAAAUUUUAGUAAUAAGAGAGGCUUUCAAAAACACCAGAGAACCCACAAAAGAGAGAAACCAUUCUCUUGUUCUGAAUGUGGGAAAUGUUUUUCAUACAAAUCACUCCUUAGAAUUCAUCAAAUAACCCACACAGGGGAGAAACCAUUUUCUUGUUCUGAAUGUGGGAAAUGUUUUUCAAACCGAUAUCAACUCAAUCAGCAUCAAAAGACUCACACUGGGGAGAAACCAUUUUCUUGUUCUGAAUGUGGGAAAUGUUUUUCAAACCGAUAUCAACUUAAUCAUCAUCAAAUGACUCACACAGGGGAGAAACCAUUUUCUUGUUCUGAAUGUGGGAAAUGUUUUUUAUACAAAUCACUCCUUAGAAUUCAUCAAAUAACCCACACAGGGGAGAAACCAUUUUCUUGUUCUGAAUGUGGGAAAUGUUUUUCAAACCGAUAUCAACUCAAUCAUCAUCAAAAGACUCACACUGGGGAGAAACCAUUUUCUUGUUCUGAAUGUGGGAAAUGUUUUUCAAACCGAUAUCAAUUCAAUCAUCAUCAAAGGACUCACACAAGGGAGAAACCGUAUUCUUGUUCUGAUUGUGGGAAAUGUUUUUCAAACCGAUAUCAACUCAAUCAUCAUCAAAGGACUCACACAGGGGAGAAACCAUUUUCUUGUUCUGAAUGUGGGAAAUGUUUUUUAUACAAAUCACUCCUUAGAAUUCAUCAAAUAACCCACACAGGGGAGAAACCAUUUUCUUGUUCUGAAUGUGGGAAAUGUUUUUCAAACCGAUAUCAACUUAAUCAUCAUCAAAGGACUCACACAGGGGAGAAACCAUUCUCUUGUUCUGAAUGUGGGAAAUGUUAUUUAUACAAAUCACACCUUAGGAAUCAUCUUAGAACCCACACAGGGGAGAAACCAUUUUCUUGUUCUGAAUGUGGGAAAUGUUAUUCAAGCCAAUAUCAACUCAAUCAUCAUCAAAGGACUCACACAGGGGAGAAACCAUUUUCUUGUUCUGAAUGUGGGAAAUGUUAUUUAUACAAAUCACUCCUUAGAAAUCAUCAUAGAACCCACACAGGGGAGAAACCAUUUUUUUGUUCUGAAUGUGGGAAAUGUUUCUCAAACCAAUCCCUCCUUAAACAGCAUCAUAGAACCCACAUAAGGGAGAAACCACCUUCUUGUUCUUAAUGUGGGAAAUGUUUCUCAAACCAAUCCCACCUAAAAUUCAUUAUAGAACCCACACAGGGGAGAAACAGCAUUCUUGUUCUCAAUGUGGGAAAUGUUUUGUAAGAAAAUAUCAACUACAUAUUCAUCAAAGGACUCACAAAGGGGAGAAGCCAUUUUCUCUAAAUGACGAAAAAUGAUUUGCAUGGAACAGUCGUCUGAAAAUACUUUUACAAUGAGGAAAACUGUAAACUCGUUAUACAAAGGGAGCAUCAGGCAAACAUUUUCUUUCAAGCCGAUUACAUCUUGAUUUUGCUGUAAGAGAAAACGUUUAUUGAUAACACAUAUAUGGAGAAGUGCGCAUAGACCUUAAAACCUUAUUCUUGUUCUGAAUGUGGGAAAUGUUUUGUAAGGAAAUGCCAACUACAUAGUCAUCAAAGGACUCACAAAGGGGAGAAACGAUAUUCUUGCUCUGAAUGUGGGAAAUGUUUUUCACAUCAACCACUCCUUAAAAAGCAUCAUAGAACUCACACAGGGGAGAAACCAUUUUCUUAUUCUAAUGAGGAAAAAUGAUUUGCAUUGAACAGUUGUCUAAAAAUACUUUUACAACGAGGAAAACUGUAACUUGUUAUAUAAAGGGAGCAUCAGGCAAACUUUUUCUUUCUCUGGCUCUGCAUUGGGAACUGAGGAGCCCUCUGGGAUA